AAAAAAGUUGAGGAAAGAAGAUUGAUUUGGUAUGAUUGGUUUGGACCGUUUGGUUGCCUGCCUCUGUGUUUAGUUUUUACUGCAAGUUUUCAUAUGCCAACUAAGAGCAGAUCGGAUCUAGGCAGGCAAAACCCCGUCUCUCUCUCUCUCUCUCUAAAUAUACUCAGAAUCGGGUUUACGCACAAAUUAACUGUCACAUAAAUGCAGUUGUGAAGAAAUUCCCAAGCGAUUUUGAUGGGCAAAUACUCUGUCAUCAUAUACAUUACACUCGCCAUCGUCCUCCUCCUCCUCGUCUCCCGCUCCUCCAACAACCACCGCCACCGCCACCGCCGCCUUAAAAUCCGCUCCAACUUCUCAUUUACCCCGCCGGUCGACCCUCACCGCAUCCACGACCGCGCCGCCGCCUUCGACCCACUCGUCGCCGAGAUCGAGCGCAAGCGCGAGGACCGGGAAUGGGAGCAACGCUACUUCCAGUCCCGCCACCCCGAGUCGACUCAAUUGGAUUCGGCUCCCGGGCACGAGUCUCCACCCGAGUGGGAGGAUUUUAUGGACGCCGAGGACUACCUGAACGACGAGGAAAAGUUCAACGUCACUAACAGGCUGGGGCUUUUGUUCCCCAAGAUUGAUGUUGACCCGGCAGAUGGGUAUCUGACCCAGUCCGAGUUGAUUCAGUGGAGCCUGCAGCAGAGUAAAAGGGAGGUGAUGCAUAGGACACAGAGGGAGAUGGAGGUUCAUGAUAAGAACAAGGACGGGUUUAUCUCUUUUGCGGAGUAUGACCCUCCAAGCUGGGCUAAGAAUUCUGAUAAUGAUUCAUUUGGAUAUGAUAUGGGCUGGUGGAAAGAAGAGCAUUUUAAUGCAUCCGAUGCAGAUGGAGAUGGUUUUUUGAAUAUAACAGAGUUCAAUGAUUUUCUGCAUCCAGCUGAUACCAACAGCCCCAAGUUGCUUCACUGGUUGUGCAAGGAAGAGAUAAGAGAGAGAGAUAGUAACAAAGAUGGCAAGGUUGACUUCCAUGAGUUUUUCCAUGGACUCUUUGACUUGGUCAGAAAUUAUGAUGAAGCGGAUCACAAUUCUUCACAUGGGUUUGAUGAGUCAGUCGAGGCCCCUGCUAAAGUGUUGUUCAAACAGCUGGAUAAGGAUGGGGAUGGAUUUUUAUCGGAUGUGGAAUUGUUACCCAUUAUCGAGAAAAUCCAUCCAUCUGAGCAGUAUUAUGCUAAACAGCAGAUGGAGUACAUUAUGGAUCAGGGUGUCGGAGAAAACCAACUAAAUAUCCUGAAGUUAAGAUACUUCAAAGAUAGUUCAGAGCAUGCUGAUGUCAAUAAGGAUGGGCGCCUGACCUUGACGGAGAUGAUCGACAACCCAUAUGUUUUCUAUAGUGCCGUAUUUGACGAGGAUGAAGAAGAUGAUUUUGACCAUGAUGAAUUCCGCUAGAUUCAUCAAAUGUUAGGUUGUGUUGGCUUUCCGUAGCUUGCAGAUGGUGAAUACUUUUGGCAGUUUUUGUUGGCGUUAAGAUUUUACCAUACGUCUUUUGUAUUUCCUUUCUGAUUCCGAGCCUGUUAUCUUAAUUUUUACCACUGUAAACUUUAUUUAGCAUAUUUUUUGUUAAUUGAGUUUUAAUAUAAUAAAACUCGUGAGAUGGGUGGGUUAUAUGUCCCUUGCACGAAUGCUUCCAAUAGAAAUAGGCGAGUUGACAGCUGUAAUAUACUUGGCUCCUCUUCAGUCCUAUGACAUAGUACUUUUACUCGUGAACAAAAACAGGAAAUAGUUCAACCUGCUAUGAAGACGAGUUAAAUUUUUC